AUGGCUGCUAUGCAGAGACUGGCGGCGGGGAAGAGCUCCAACUUGGGAAGUACCUUAGGGCCGACCAAGGCGGAUGAAGAGGUACCGGAGAGGUUCCCUGCAGGACUCAGGGUUCUAGUCGUGGAUGACGACACGACUUGCCUGAAGAUACUGGAACAGAUGCUCCAAAAGUGCGAGUACAACGGUGUGUUCUUCCUUUGCUCUCUUCGUUACACCGAUUCCCCUGGGAUAACUCUGCAACUUUUUUGUCUUUAUGAGAGAAAAAUUGGCUCGUUAGCAAUAUGUUGGGAAAUUUUAAGACGGAUCGGAAUUUGAUGUUUUUAUAUGGCUUAUACCGCUUGGAUGUCUUUGUUUGUUUUCUUCCCUAGUUUAAUCUUUCAAUUGAUUUCAACUGAAAAAAAAACUGUUGUUCUUUCAUGCGGGAUUUGGCAUAUUGGAUGAGUAAAGGUCAGAGAUACUGAUUGCAAGUUGUCUCUUCUCCUCAUUUGUAUAUGUUCUCAAAUGGUAUGAGAAGAAUCUGAAGCCUAGUUGCCUAAACUAAAUCUGUCGAGAAUUUAGUAUUAUGUCCUCAUUGCCCUCAUGAAAUUUUUGGUAAUACUCUUAUCUGGCAAGUUACACCGGCCAAUCUCAUGUCACCAUCUUUUGGAAAAUUCAUGAAAUUAUCAGCUCCUUCAUUGAAUGGUCCCAAUCAUGUAUUGUUGUCAUAAGACUACUCAUGAAAAGAUAAGCCAUGAUCACCGACUGUCCAAUCUCUCUGUUCAUAGGUUGGUUUAAAAAUGUGCUUUACAAGAAAAAAAAGUCAUGAAAAUGAACAUCGUUAAUUGAUUGAUUUAUCAUUAAAAAUAUUUGCUUUUUAUGGAUUUCAUAUGCUCGAAGAUGCUUACUCCAACACUUUUAUUGAUGAGUUAAGAAAAUCAUUGAUUGUACUGCGAUUCUAAGUCUGCUGCUUUCCUGAUUUUAACUCUCUUCUAGCUUUAAAUGGAUGCUUGUGUUCCUAGUGAUGGUGUUUUAUCACCAUCAACUGUUGCUUAUCAUUCUUCGUCAUGGAAUAUGAUUGGACAAUAGGCUAAAAAAGAUGAGGGCAUUAAUUUUUUCUCAUAUGAAUGAUCCUAAGUGGGCUCUACAUAUCAAGUAAUGAAUGAAGCGCAUGAAAUUCAUGUUGAUGAUGUUAUUUUUCUUUCCACUCUCGCCAUUUUUUUUAUGCUAUGCAAUGGAAUAUCGUGCCUAGCAUGUAGGUGAGGGCUCGUUUCAACCCUGUACUUCAUGAUUGAACCCGUUGGCAUGGCUUCUUUGUGAAAAUAAUUCCCAAAAUACUCAAGAGAGGUCAAGGGAGUUUUCCUUCAUCUCUGAAAAACAUUUCAGAAAUUGGAGUAAGAGAGAUCUGCAAGUGAGGACGUGGUGGAUAGUUUGUGCUCAUGAGGAAACAUCAGCUUACAAUUGUUUUUCCUGUCUGUUUGAAGAGUCUCGAGUUCUGCUAUUCAUGUUAACUUUUUCUUUCUUUCUUUUUCUUUCUUCGGUUUAGUGUAGAAUUCGGUUCACUAUUAUCUAUUCCUUUUGCAGGAUCUUAACAGCCUUAAAUUAUUUGAUAAUCUAUAGUCCAAUUCGCACGAGUGAGAGUAGAACAUUCUGAUAUUCCUUAAGUGAUUUUGAACUCAUUCUUUUCAGGGGAGAAAGGAGCUUUGAACAAACAUCACAAGUUAGUAGUCCUUUGAACAUUCUAUUAGAAAGUGAAAACUAAUAAUAUCUGCACAUUGAAUUUUUUGUUUAAUAAGCUUUCUUUCACAUGUUGAAUCUUGUGUUAGUCAUUUGUCACAAAGACGUGCUGUAUGAACUAAAAUGCAUGUGGAUUAUUUGGUGUGCAUUUUUUGUUUUUAUAGUUGCAAACAACUCACUGAUCAACGUUUGACAUUGGCCUGCAAAUACACGGGAUCUAGUGCUGAAAACUUGAUUGGCACUGACAAUUCACUAUUUUGUCCAGACUUAUGAUCGCGCCUCAGUACCAUGCAGUUUGUUAUUUUUUCCGACUGAAAAAAUAUUUCUUGAUGUCUAUUAUCUAUAUUACUUAUAGAGGUCUGAUUCUUUAUUUUUUUCGAAUUGAUUGUAGUUACCAUCUGCUCUCGGGCAGUGAGUGCAUUGUCUCUCCUUCGGGAGAGAAAAGGACAUUUUGAUCUGGUUAUAAGUGAUGUACACAUGCCUGACAUGGAUGGAUUUAAACUCCUUGAACUCGUUGGACUGGAGAUGGAUCUUCCUGUAAUAAGUGAGUAAUCUGUUGUCUAUUAUCUCAUACUUGUUAGUGGACUAUUUCACGUUGUGUUAACCAUAUUUUCUUAUCUGUGACCUGGAUUUCUGUUUAUAAUAGUGAUGUCUGCUGAUUCAAGAACCUCUAUGGUAAUGAAAGGGGUCAAGCAUGGUGCAUGUGAUUACCUAAUUAAGCCUAUUCGUUUUGAGGAGUUGAAAAACAUAUGGCAACAUGUCGUUAGGAAAAGGUGGAAUGAGAAUAAGGACAAUGAGCAAUCAGAUAGUGUGGAAGAAUCUGACCGGCUCAAACGAGGGAGUGAUGAUGUUGACUACACUUCAUCAGCUAACAAUGCAGCUGAUAUCAGUUGGAAAGCCCGUAAAAAGAAAAGAGAUGCUAAAGAAGAUGUAGAUGAUGGCGAUCUUGAAAAUGAGGAUUCUUCUAUAUCAAAAAAGCCACGCGUAGUUUGGUCAGUUGAGCUCCAUCAGCAGUUUGUGAGUGCUGUGAAUCAGCUUGGAAUUGAUAGUAAGAAUUUCAUCUCAUCUACCUUUACAAAUUUAAAAUUAUAGCUGAAACAGUAAUGCAUGACUUUUCUAUUAAACGGUGUUGGAUUUGCUUCUUUGUAGAGGCUGUUCCUAAGAGAAUCCUUGAGCUAAUGAAUGUUCCUGGCCUAACUAGAGAAAAUGUUGCUAGCCACCUACAGGUUUUUCUCUUCACCCAAAUCCAACUUGGUUUUUUUAGACUUUAUGUGUUAUUUUAUUUAUUUUAAUUAACUCUAUUUGCAUCAGUCAAGAGAUACCGUGGCUACGAUUAAUUUUAAAUUAUUAUGUUGUUUGAUUUCGAAAUCAGUCUGUUAGAAGAAAAAUUGGUGAGGAUUAAGUUUCAUCUUUUCAAUUCUUUAUAUCAAUGAACUUUGUACGCAAAGGCUAGAUUAUGGAACAAAGUUUAGAACAAAAGUCACUCUCUCGGGAACAUAAUGAAAUGACUACCCUGCUCUGUUAGGCAACUUGGUGCCUAGAAAACCUGUCAUUUGAUGUUAACAUUUUCAUAACCAUGUCAGAAGAUCAAUGAAAUGGCGACUAAAGCUUUGAAUGAUUGAUGUAAAUGAUAUUUUUAGAAAUUUUCCUAACAGGAGGUGUUGAGAACCAAUUAUAAAGUAAUGAAAAAUGAUGAUGUUGAAAAUCAACCAAAACGCCAGCUAUAUGUAAUUUCACCAUUCUUCAGCAUUAGUAUGAUGCAUUGCGUGGUUUUUUCUUCUUCUUCUUUUGUGUCUGUAGAUAGAUAGGUCCUGCUUCGAAGAUUCUACGCUCAUUGGUCCUGGUGGCAGCUGCCUUUUUCCUGCUUUCAAGGACACGAGACUAUCCUCUGUCAAUCGACUUGUGAAAUACCCCAUCUAUCAGCACCAUGCUAGUGUAGAGUUAAACAUACCUUUAAGCUCUGAUUAUUUUUUUUUGGGUUGUAUUUAAUUUGAUUACGGCCUCUUAAAUCACGUUGGCCUGGAAUAUGAAGGACUGCCUAUUCAGUUGACUAAAUGUAAAUUGCUGGAGUUAUCAGAUAUUUAUUAUACUGCGUGCUUAGAUAACAGUUAUUCUGGGGCUCUCUUGACGUCUUAAAAUGAUUCAGUCCUCUCCUCAAAAUAGUGGCAAGUGUUGUCAAUUAGAAUACGUUAAAUCUUGAUACUUUUCAAAAAAAUCAGCUUCAUAUGUAUCUUUAGCACGCAAUUGUGUUGCAUGUUGUCUAGACUGUACACUUAGCACUUUGUUGUCCAGGCUUGAGGGCAUCCUCCGAACAUGCGUAGGCUUUGUAAGCGACUUGGUGACGCUUGGCAGCUAGUCCCCUAUCUCCCCAAGUUCUCUCAUUUGACGAUUGAUGCAUGGUGGUAUUAGCUUUCCUUAAAAAAAAAAACUUCUGGUGAUGAACGCAGAACUUUUUUGAAAAAACAAAAAACACAUGCAUUCUAUUGAUUGGUGAUCCGUAAGGAAUACAACGUUUUUGGAUCGUUCCUUGGAUCCAUAUGGAGUUGGGGGGUUUUGGAAUUUUCACAUGAGAUUUGUCCCUUUUACUAAGUUGAGGCGUUUUUGGGCCCAAACAUGGCAUGGUUUGGGCUUCAUCUUCUCUUCCUCUUCUUCUUCCUCUUCUUCUGGCCUUGAGGUGUUGCGUUUCUUCUUCUGGGCUUUUCUGUACCCCUUUUUUUUUGGGCCUUCUGGUUUCUGGGUCACAUGAUGAGUCCAUUGUGACCACUUCCCGGUGGUUUGCUCAAGUCACGGCACGUGACUGGUUGGAGGUCGUUAGACCGGCCGUUGGUCUGGGCCGUUCCAUUGAGAACACCUCAUGGCGGGUGGUCGAUGACUGUUGGCCGUUCUCCUGUUCUGGGACAGUGAUGCCUUCCUUCUCCUGCUGAGCCCUGCAUAUAUGUACCUAUGGAAAACUUGCUAGAGGCAAAGUGGGGCGGUGAGGCCUUUUAUGUGGUGACUUUUAAUGCCUUCCAUGGAUCUUUACUUUCCUUGUUCCUGUUCUCCUACACUGUGAUAUAUCAUGGUUGUCAUUUCGACAUGUCUUGUCGCCUAUUCUUAGUCAAUAAUGGUUAGUUGUUGGCAAUGCUUAAUGGGUUAGCCCACAGUGGAAACUAGAGGGUGGUCUCAACUCUAGGUCAUGUAUCCUGAGCUCUCCCCUUUCUUUCCUUCUUUUCUUUUUUGGGUAUGAGACCGGUUCAAGGGUUAUGGGUUAUCACAUUUUCCUAUCUUCCAUCUUUGGUUGUUCUGUGUUUUUUCCUUUGUGUUUUCCUUCCUCAAUUUAUCUCUAUCUUCUUUCCUCUCUUAUUUAUUUUGUUGAAUGUGAAGGCAUGUGUACUGGUAGAAAACACUAUGGAACUCAGGGAGAUGGGUUUCGAGAUAGUACCUUCAUGGGGUGCUUACUUUGCAGCUUGUAUUUUUCUAUUACCGCUUUGCUGCGUCCACUGUCUUUUCUGUUUUGCAGUGACUCCUUUUCCAAAGGGUUACCCUUUCCGGAUUCUUCUCAUUGCUGGUAAUCCCCACUUAUCCAGAUUGAGUACGCCUCUACCUUUUCUUGGAAGAUCCCGCAUAUAACGCAGAACUUUAUAGUUAGAGGAAGAUGAUUUUUUUUCACUGUCCCUAGGAGCAGUACACGUUUGUGUUGAUUUCUUUGAUGCUAAUGUGGUAUUACUGAGAGUUCACUGGAACUUUGUGCUUUAGAAAUCGGUCAUACUUUCUCAAGAUGUUGUCUUGUUUUCUCACUUUGUUUGCCGUUCCUUGGAAAACUUAUGAACAGUUACUGUGAUUUUUUUACUUUGACUUUCUUCACUUUCUGUGACCUUCGCUUUGCUGCCGGCCUUAACAGACGUCUUUGGCCGUCUAAUGCUUCAUCUAAUUUUCAGCCUCUCAAUAUUUUACCAAAUUAUGCAGAAAUACAGGCUUUAUCUGAAAAGGUUAAGUGGAGUAACUCAACACCAUGGUGGGGUUCCGAAUUCCUUUUGUGGUACUGUGGAAGCAAGCACAAGGGUGGGUUCACUUGGGGGGGUUGAUCUUCAAUCUUUGGCUACUUCGGGUCAGCUUUCACCGCAGACACUUGUGGAUCUGCACGCUGAGUUGCUAGGCAGGUCAUUGAACAGCGCAAUUUGCCCAACACUCGAGCAGCCUGUUGCACAUGCUUCUCUUCAAGAUCCGAAGUGCAUGCCCGUUGACUAUGGGGUAGGCUUCAGCCACCCUCUAUUAAAUUGUCAAUCCAGCAUAACGAAGCAGUUUCCUGAAUCGGCCAUAGUCAUUAUUGACGACGUUGCUUCUCGAUCUGAAGUCUGGGCGCCUAAUCCUCUCAAUACGGAUGGCAUCAGUAGUGCAGUCGAAAUCAAUCCUCGGAAGGGCGAUAUGCUUGUUCAGUUGGUGCAUCAGCAGCAGCAGCAGCAACAACAACAACAACCAAAUCCUCUCGCAGAACACUAUCAGGGAGCCGAUGCGACGACUUCUUGUCUUGUUGCUUCAUCUCAGACCUCUACUGGCUUUCCAGGCGACAGCACUACUGUUCACAUCGACCAGAUCACAAUGUUUGUUCCCCCUCAAUCAUCAUCAGCUAGCUUUCAAGUUAGGAGCAUGUUCAACACCAACCAUCAUUCCAGAGGUAGCAAACCCAGCGAAAUCACAGACUACAAUCGUAUUCCUUCUCAGUCAACAAAUUUAGCAAUGGUCUCAGGUGGGAUGGCUGGUGGCGACCCGAAGAAUGCUGCUGUGCCAAACGGGCACUUCGUCUCUGGAUCACUCGCCUCUGCAGUACCGUCCUGCACAGUCCCUCUGGAUACGAACGGUUGCUGGGGAUUAGCGAGUUCUGCUCCCGCUGGUAGAUUAUCUGAGUUCGUGCCCGGAUUGUCUGAUCUUCCGCAUUCCAGCCGCAAAUCCGCGAUGUUUUCCGACGGAGUACAGGGACGGACUCUAGGGUUUGUCGGCAGAGGCACUUACAUUCCCAGCAGAUUUGCAGUUGAUGAUAUCGAGUCCCCGACAGACAAGCCGAGCCAGAAGGAUUCUGGCCUUUUGGAUGAUGCAAGGAGGAUCAAGCAGGAGAUCUACCCUGACUUCACCGAAGACCCUAUCACAAGAAGGCCAGGGCUGUCUCACCAUCCACCGGGUGACCUACUAAGCAUCUCAUCCAAGUAG